AUGCCUCCAAAGAAGUUCAAGUCUUUAGACGAUUUCUUGCAGGAACAAGCUCCUCCUCAGGACGCGACUCCUUCACCUUACGGUGGAUUCUUCAAGACACAGGCUGCGCCAGGUGCGCCUGCUCAACAGAGAUCGUACAAGAACUACAAGCAAGGGUACACCCAGAAUUACAAUCAGAAUUACAAUCAGAAUUACAAUCAGAAUUACAACCAAGGCUACAACCAGGGUUACAACCAGGGUUACAACCAAGGGGGAUAUAAUCAAAACUACAACCAAGGCUACCCACAGUACUACCAGGGUUAUGCUGCUCAGCAACAAUCCCCAAUUGUGACGUCUCCGCAGACGUCUAAUACCCCAACUCCAUCGCACUCAACAACUUCGUUGACUUCUUUGUCGACAAACUUGGCCAAUAUGCAAUUGUCUCCAAUCUCCAACUACUUGGCAGCAUUGAGUGAACAAACGAGUUUGGUUGAUGUGAAGAAGCAAAUCAAGAACAUCGUGGAUGUGUUUAACGAAGAAGGAAACUCCGCUAAGUGUCUGGAAGAAUGGAAGGUUGCUGAAACUGUCACAAAGUUCAUGAAACCAAAGAACUCGAAUUUGGUCCGUGAAGCCGGUAUGAUGUUGAUUUCAAGUUUGGUUCAAAACUUUACCGGUAAGACACCUCAAGAGAUUUUCUUCUUACCAAUGUUAGCAAUUGCCCUAGACGCGCUUAUCGACAAGGAAACCAAUGUGAAGAGAGCUGCUCACCGUGCUAUUGACAGCAUUUUCUCUGCUUUCCCGGUAGAGGCACAGACCACUGUCAUUCUACCAGAAUUGUUGAAGUAUUUGAGUGGAAGUGCCAAGUGGCAAUGCAAGGUUGAAGCCUUAAAAUUGGUUGAUAGAAUUAGAGAAGAAUCUCCAAACGAUUUGUUGGAACUAAGCUUCAGAUCAACAAUCCCAACUCUUACGGAUAUGGCUACCGAUUUCAAGCCAGAAUUGGCCAAACAGGGUUACAAGACUUUGUUGGACUAUGUUAAGAUCUUGGAUAACUUGGAUUUACAGCCCCGUUACGAUCUUAUCGUUGACACUUUGCAAGACCCUCAAAGAGUACCAGACUGUGUCAAGUCAUUGUCUUCCGUGACUUUUGUCGCUGAAGUUACAGAACCUGCAUUAUCUUUACUAUGUCCAAUCUUGACCAGAUCUUUAAACCUAUCCUCUUCCUCUCAAGAACAAUUGAGACAAACUGUUAUCGUCAUUGAGAACUUGACCCGUUUGGUUAACAACCGUAUCGAAAUUGAAGCUUUCAUCCCACAAUUGAUGCCUGGUGUUCAAAGAGUGUUGGAUACUGCUUCAUUACCAGAAGUCAGAGAGUUGGCUGAAAAAGCCUUAGCGGUGAUAAAAGAAGACUCUAAUGACGACGGCAAGUUCCCAGGGAGAAUCAACGCACAACAAGCAAGAGAGCAUUUAGACGACAUCUUGUCGAAAUUAUCCAACAAUGAAUUAUUGAAGGACGAAACUGUAAAAGCAUAUUUGGCCAAUAUUUUGCUUGCUGACUCAAAUGUGAACGAUUGGAAACGUCUCAGUGAAUUUUUCACAAUGGUUCUUGGUGAAGAAUCUGCAGAAUUCAUUGAACAUGAUAUCGUUGACAGAAUGAGAGGUGUUUUCCACCAAGAACGUAAGCAAUACGAUGGUGAGGAAGGUGUCGAAAUUGUCAAUGCCGACUUCUCUUUGGCUUAUGGUUCCAGAAUGUUACUAAACAAAACGAAUCUCCGUUUGUUGAAGGGUCAUCGUUAUGGUCUAUGUGGUAGAAAUGGUGCCGGUAAGUCUACUUUGAUGCGUUCCAUUGCCAAUGGCCAAUUGGAAGGUUUCCCUGAUAAAGAUACACUAAGAACCUGUUUCGUUGAACAUAAAUUGCAAGGUGAAGAAGGUGAUUUAGAUCUCGUAUCGUUUAUUGCAUUGGAUCCUAUGUUACAGGAUGUCUCUAAGGAAGAUAUCGCAAGUGCUUUAGAAUCUGUCGGAUUUGAUGAUUAUAGAAGAUCCCAAACUGUUGGCUCCUUAUCUGGUGGUUGGAAGAUGAAGUUGGAAUUAGCAAGAGCCAUGCUUCAGAAAGCUGACGUUUUGUUGUUAGACGAACCUACUAACCAUUUGGACGUUGCUAACGUUAAAUGGUUACAGGACUACCUUUUGGAACACACUGAUAUCACUUCUUUGAUUGUUUCGCAUGACUCUGGGUUUUUGGACACCGUUUGUACUGAUAUCAUUCAUUAUGAAAACAAGAAGUUGGCUUACUACAAAGGUAACCUUGCAGCUUUUGUGGAACAAAAGCCUGAAGCUAAGGCUUAUUACACUUUAACCAACACCAAUGCGCAAAUGCAUUUCCCUCCACCAGGUAUUUUAUCUGGUGUUAAAUCUAACACUCGUGCUGUCGCUAAAAUGACUGAUGUUACCUUCUCCUACCCUGGAGCUACGAAGCCAUCUUUAUCUCAUGUUUCUUGUUCUCUAUCCUUGAGUUCGCGUGUUGCCAUUCUUGGUCCUAAUGGUGCUGGUAAGUCCACUUUGAUCAAGUUGUUGAACGGUGAAUUAAUUCCAGAUUCCGGUAAGGUCGAAAAACAUCCUAACUUAAGAAUUGGUUACAUUGCCCAACACGCUUUGCAACAUGUCAACGAACACAAAGAAAAGACUGCUAAUCAAUAUCUACAAUGGCGUUAUCAAUUUGGUGAUGAUCGUGAAGUUCUUUUGAAGGAAUCAAGAAAGAUCAGCAGUGAAGAAGAAAAGAAAAUGUUCGAAAAGGAAAUUGAUAUCGGUGAUGGUAGAGGUAUGAGACAAGUCGAAGCCCUUGUUGGUAGACAAAAGUUGAAGAAGUCCUUCCAAUAUGAAGUUAAAUGGAAAUAUUGGUUACCAAAGUACAAUUCUUGGGUUUCUAAGGAGAAGUUAUUGGAGGAAGGGUUUGACAAGUUGGUUCAAAAGUUCGAUGAUCACGAAGCCUCUAGAGAAGGUUUGGGUUACCGUGAGCUUACUCCAAGUGUUAUCACAAAGCAUUUCGAAGAUGUUGGUUUGGAUGCCGAAAUUGCUAACCAUACCCCUAUGGGCUCGCUAUCUGGUGGUCAAUUAGUUAAAGUUGUUAUUGCAGGUGCCAUGUGGAAUAAUCCUCAUUUGUUGGUUUUGGAUGAACCUACAAAUUAUUUAGAUAGAGAUUCUUUGGGUGCAUUGGCCAUGGCGAUCCGUGAAUGGACUGGUGGUGUCGUUAUGAUUUCGCAUAACAACGAAUUUGUUGGUGCAUUGUGCCCUGAACAAUGGAUCGUCGAAAAUGGUACCAUGGUUCAAAAAGGUAUUGCUGAGAUUGAUCAAACUAGGUUUGAAGAUGGUGGUAAUGCGAAUGCUGUCGGCGUUUCUGCUCCUAAGAGAGUCGAUGAUGACGACUCUCCAGCUAAUAUCAAGGUCAGACAAAGAAAGAAGAGACUCACCAGAAAUGAAAAGAAAGCGCAAGCUGAACGUAGAAGAUUACGUUACAUCGAAUGGUUAUCCUCUCCAAAGGGUACUCCUAAACCUGUGGAUACUGAUGAUGAAGGCGACGAUGAAGAGUAA